AUGGCUACUACUUCUUCUGCAGGCCCUCCUCUUGGAAAAUAUCUUGCGUCCACAGAGAAGAAGACACGCGACAAAGCCAUCAAAAAUCUAUCAGUAUUUCUGUCGGAUAGUCAAAAUGUCAUCUCGAAGUCAGAAAUGGACAAACUAUGGAAAGGGAUAUUCUACUGUUUCUGGAUGUCCGAUAAACCACUGGUUCAACAGGCGUUAGCCACAGAAUUGGCUGAGUUGCUUUUGACCAUCACAUCUACAUCAGCAUCUUUGGCAUUCCUGCGAGGGUUCUGGGAGACUACAGUACGUGAAUGGAAUGGGAUUGACCGACUGAGGAUUGAUAAGUACUACAUGCUAAUACGCCGAUUCAUAAACGCUACUUUCCGACUUCUCCUCCGGGAGAACUGGGAAGAAGGCGCAUGCCAGCAAUAUAAUGAGAUCCUGACAAGACAAAGUGGACCUCUUUGCCCUAACGACAUCCGAGUGCCCGCUAGCCUGGCCUAUCAUAUCGCUGAUGUCUAUGCCGAAGAACUCAAUAAAGCUCUCGCCGCUGAAAAAUCACCAUCACCGGCUCCUUUGGGUACUGUGCUUGAACCAUUCAUCUUUCUGGCUGCGCGAACGCCGACCACUGUCACAUAUAAGCGGAUACAAUCAGCCCUGUUUGAACCUUUGUUUGCUGCACUUGCCCCGGAAUCCAUAGCAGAGGAGGAACCUCGAAAAUCAAAGCGCAUACGCCUUACCGCAGAGGCUUCAUACCCUGAAGUUCUUGCUAACUCGUGCUUUAGUGACCCCAAACUUGAAGGGUCGCAAGAAGGGCCCAUGUUGAAGAAAAAAUUGCUGCAGAAGAUAUUUGAGGUUGCAAGCCAGCCAGAAACCCGUGAUUCCAGCCGAAGAAAGAUGUACGCCCUCUGGAAGGAAAAUUAUGAAGAGGAUCCCAGUGACGAGUGA